UGGCAACAUUGCCCUAGCUGUCACUCAUUUUGCUUGUCUGAGUUGUCUGUCUCGACUACAAACCAAUAACCCAAUCUUCUACAAUGGCAGAUGCGAAGCAAGAACUGAACAAUGGGACAUCUCAAUCACGAUCUGUGCUCGCUAAACCACGUCUUGGUGCAUUUGGUUCCUCUGGUUUUGGAACUAGUACAUUUGGGUCCAUAUUACGUCCAUCCCAGCUGAAACCGAACAGCAAUCCAUUUCUUAAAGUCACCGAAACCGAAGAGGCUGAGAAAAAAGAGAAAGCCAACAGUGAAGCUGAAAAAUCUAAAGGAGAAGAUAGACUAACUGAAACUAAGGAGGAUGCCCCAAAAUUUGUACCUCUCGGAGCCACAAGCAGUGCUCCCAGAUCCUCCACACAGGUCCCGGCACCUGCGCAACCCACUUCUGGAACGUCAGGGUUUGUCUUUGGACAGAAUUUAAGUGAGCGAGUGGUUAUUCAAGAGAGUGUUAAUAAUGGGGAUGCUGGGCCAUCAGAGCAUAGUAUGAAGAAUGGGACUUCUGAUUUACUGUUCACAAGUGCAGCUGCCUCUGUUAAGGAUAAUAGUCAGGAGUCAGCGGGGGCCAGUUCCACGUUGAGCGCGGGUGCGGGCGCGGGCGCGGGGCUGGCGGCCGCGGCGGCGGAGUACGAGCGCGCGCAGGCGCGCCCGCCGCCGCCCGCCGUCACCACCACCACGGGCGAGGAGGACGAGAUCAACGUGCUGCAGGUGUCGUGCCGCCUGUUCGCGUGGGAGGCGGGCAGCUGGCGCGAGCGCGGGCGCGGCGUGCUGCGCCUCAACGACGCCGACGGCGGCUCCCGGCUCGUCGCCAGGGUGGCUGGGUCUCUCCGCGUAGUGUUGAACACGAAGAUCUGGCCUGACAUGGUGGCGGAGCGCGCGGGCAGCAAGUCGUUGCGCAUCACGGCCACCGACGCCGCGCACCAGGUCAAGCUGUUCCUCAUCAUGGGCAACCCCGGCGACAUCGUGCAGCUGCACCGCGCCGUGCUGGCUCGCAUCUCGCUCAGCAAGCGCGCCGCGCCCGCACGCCGCGACGACUCGCGCGAGACUGGCGAGCCCGACCACACUGCCGACACACUCCCGCGCACGCACUCGCACCGUCUAGAGGCUCCGCCACACGAUGACGAUGACCGAGACGCACACUCGAGACAAGGACGCAGAGACAAAACACGAAACGGACGACAAGGAUGCGGAAGAUACAGAAAACAAGGACGCCAACCCGCUCAAGAGAAAAGAACCGGUCGGCGACGAGACGUCCCCUAAGAGACAGUGCCCCGAUAUUCUAAUAGAGUGAUCCGGCCCGUGCCCAGUGAGAGACCGCCUUGCGGCUCGUGAGUUCAUAGAAUUGUGACCAAUGUGACGAACUCUUUUAUCUAAUGUGACGUUGAAAAUUCAAUCUAAUAUAUUCUUUCCUUACAAUUGAUAGAACAAAGCUAACAUAUAUAAACAAUUAUUUAAAUAAAAAAAUAUUCUGUCAAGGAAAGAACAUAUUAGAUUUUCACGUUCGACGAAACAUUGAAUUCGAUUGAACAAUUUUCGGCCAUCCGAGAGAUCCAAAUUGUGAAUACGUCACUACGC